GCUACAAAACUUAGGCAUAACCGGGUGGACCCUAAAGGCCAUAGUGGAGCUUUAUUAUCAUUUAUCACCCCACACUCGGGAGAAAACCCCCGCACAGGGGAAGCAGAAAUAUCUCUUUUUGAAAAAUAAAAUAAAAUGGCGAGCGCGAAUCUACCAUCUUCUCCUCCUCCUCCGCCAUCACCUCCUUCCAUCUCCGCCUCCCAUUCUGAGUCCUCCGCCACUAUUCCCACCGCUGUUGUACCCCCUCAGCCUCAGGUUGAUGCUGCCGCUGAAAAUGGAACGCUCAAUGACGAUGACCAAAAGCCUCAAAUAGCUGAUCAUUUUGCGGUUCUUGAUGAUCCAGAACAGAUUGAGAAGUACAAGAAAUAUGAAGCUGACUACACUCGUCGAUUGAUGGCAAAGUAUUUCUCUAAGAAGAACUUUUAUGGAGGCAACAUUUUUGAUGAGAAAACAACAAUAGACAGUGAGACCAUAUUGUCAAGCAGGUGGCCUUGCACUAGAUCAUUUGCAGACCCAGUUCAUGCAUUUGAGGACCAGACCAAUGGUGGUUCAAAUUCUGAUGCAGAAACCCCAACCAACAUCUCAAAUGGGAAGUUCCCACUCAAGAAGAAUGGCUGAUAUCACAAAUUCUCUCAAAUAUGGUAUGAAUUUGAUGAGCGGAUCUUCUGGUCAUGAAGUUCAGAAAGGAAUGACCAAGCAGAUUGUGCACCACAUUCUAUGGUGGUGCUCAUAUGCUGUCGUGUAAUCUGCUUCCAAGUUCCAAACCCGAAAAUUUACCUAUAAUCUGGUUUUAGCAUUUUUAAUUAGGCAACCCCGUCAAUUUUGUACUA